GUAGUGAGUUCGGCAGGUCCCGGACUUACCGGAAAUGCCCGAAGCUUUACAUGUGAUCAUUGCUGUCAGUGAUAAUUGAAUAUAAAAAUGUCUUCAGACGAAGAAAAUGAUGAAAUUCAAGAUCUCGAGGCGAUUAGAGAUAAAAUUUUAACAAUGCAUCAAGGUGAAAGAAUGCAAGUAAGCGCCUGGGAUGAUGACAACACUGGAGUUGAAUCCCAGCGAAAUCCUGAAGAUCCUGACUCUAGAGCAAUUCUGAAGGCUGCAGAAAAUGGCAAUAGUGAACGAGUAGCAAAACUUUUAGAUAAAAAUCCAACGUUGGUUCAUGCUACUGAUAAGGAUGGCUACACUCCACUUCACAGAGCCUGCUACGGAAACCACACUUCAAUUAUUGAGCAUUUGCUGUUGAAAGGAGCUAAGAUUGAUGCUAAAACUAUUGACGGAUGGGAGCCGUUGCAUUCUGCAUGUCACUGGAACAACGUUGAGAGUAUUGCAAUUCUGGUUGCCAACGGAGCUGAUAUAAAUGCUGUGAGCAACGGUGGUCAGACCCCACUGCACCUGGUCUGUGCCAGUUCCCACAAUUCUCCAGCUCUUCAGCUUUUGCUUCUCCAUCCAGACACCAAACCCGAGUUAGUUAACUCCAGUGGUGAUACACCCCAAAUGAUAGCAACUAGAACGGGAAAAUAUUAUCCGAUGUUUGAAAUAAUUGAACCAUGUUUACGUGAAAUUUAAUAUAAAUUUUAAUAAUUAUAUUUUUUAUACAUUAUAAGGCCUUGUUUAUAAAGAAUACAUACUUAUUUUUAAGUUA